AUGUCAACAAGCAAUAAUCUUGCGUCUCAAUGGGUCAACCCAUCAGACGUGUCGACAAUACUCUUUGUUCUAGGUGGAGACGUGGUUCAAAAGGCCUACUCCCAAGCAACUGGAAAGAUCUAUGUUCCCGUUUGCUUUUCCUUUGGAUGUGUUGCCUACGCCUUUGUCGCAUUAGUCGGCAUAAUUGGUGACGGGCGACUUCUUGCACCGCCCGACUAUCCAUGCAAAGUGCUGAACCUCAAAUCUGGAUAUCUCCGGGAGAACAAGAAUUUCAUCAUUGGUCGCCUACUACGAGACCUUGAAGCAAUAGAGACUCGCGAAGCGAACAUUGCUGCCGAACAUCAAGGCUUCGAUGGUAGCAGUUAUGCUCUAAAGAUCACAGUCUUUGAAGCGAUGUGGAAUAAGAAUGAACGAACAGAAUUCUCUUGGAGCUGGAUUCAUAUCGUUGGCAUCAUAAUCACUUUGAUUCAGCUAACGCUCGCGUUCAUACCUUUCAUUGUCAAUCGUACAUGGAGCGUGCUGCUUAUUACGGUAGCUGGCACUCUUUUGGUGCAGUGGACAGGAUUACUGCCCCAGUGGAGGGCGGAGAAAUUGCCAAACAGACAAAGAUCAGACCAGGUCUAUGCGAUUACCUCCGGCAACGGAUCUCGAGAGGUCAUGGUCAUUCGUGGCUUUGGCAAGUGCCUCGAUCUUGAGUCUCUUGCGGCUUCACAAUCGCCACGCAACGGCAGGCCAUGGGAGAAGUUCCUGUGGCUAUCAAGACCUCAGGAAGGAACCGAUCGGGAUAUGUCGGUCAUCCGCCGCAAUACAAUGCUUCGUAAAGCAAAAAGAUCAGACACGUGGCUAUUUAGAGGCGUUCCAAUCGGCUUCAUCAUCACACAAGCUUCUUGCGCGUGUCUCUCAGUACUUUGGCUACUGCUGUUGGUCAAUGUUUCCGCUCGAGGCGAAUUCCCGGAAUCUUGGUGCCUUCUAGGUGUUGGAGGCUUGGGUAUGUUCCAGAAUGCCUGGCUUGCGGCAAAGGAGCUCACUCCAGAGUCGAGAAACAUUCCGCUGAAGCGCGUAGACCAGGUCACGGCACGGAAGGCGAUGGAUUGUAUCAUGGACUUCCACUCUACCUACAAUCUAGGGAAACCUCUUAGAGAUGAAUUCUUUCCGGGUGCCCUCAGGCCAGACGAAGAAGCAUGGUGGAAAGGUGACAUUGAAAAGUACAAUGAAAGGCGCGUCUCCGAAAGGUCCAGGGGAGAACCGCGCCGCAAGCCACGGUAUUCCGGCCACGAAUCGUUCUGGCUAGGGGACGAUAAUCUCGGAACAGAUGCAACUGAUUUGCCGCUUGCGUCGGAGAAACGACCAGAUCCAACGCCAGCACAACAGCACACGCCCUACUGGGCAACAGCCACAAAUGAUGAGGCAGGACCAAGUACAACCCCCAGACCUUUACCGAGGACACCUACGCUAGAGAUGAGGGUCGAUAGCAAAGUCCCGCCUGUAUGGGCCGCUUGA